AUGGCGGUCACGGCCUUUGACCUGGAGGAAGAGAAGGACGAGGGCCAUUUCGACGCGAAUGGGAACUUUGUAUGGGACGACGAGGCCCGGAAACAGGAAGAGGCGUGGCUAGAAGACGUGUCGGAGCAGCAGAUCGGUGCAGCGAAGCACGCUAAGAGCCAGCGCGAGUUUCGCGACGAGCAGACGGAAGAGACGCUAACGAUUGAGGCGGCUGAACAGAAGCUCGCGACGUUGUUAAAGCCCCGGGAGACGGUGUUACAGGCGCUUAAGCGUCUUGGUACCAAGAAGAAGAAGAAGGCGCGUGCCCGUGUUGGAUGCAAGCGCAAGCAGCGAAAAGAGAUGGAGACUCCGACAGAGACUCCGGCAGAGACUCAGACGGCAGAGACUCAGACGGCAGAAGAGAAGGAGCAGUUUAAUCAGAUUACUGAGGCAGCUGACUUUCUGUUGCGGUCAGGGGAGGUGGACGUAUACAGUCAGAUCAAGGAGGAGUUUGUAUCGGAUGAGGAGUUACUGGCACAACGAAGACAGGUGCAGUUUGUUGAUACUGACACGAGUGAAGAGAAGAGCGAGCCUCGUCUUGUGUCAAAGCAAGAGAUCAUGUGGGAGUACAAAGCUGAUGAUGGACAUAUUCACGGACCUUUUCCGAUGUCUAGCUAUGUGGCUUGGCGGCAGCAGGGAUACUUCACGGGAGAGACAGCUGUCGACAUGCGGCAGGUACUAUGCGGUAGUGACGCUGUUGUCGCAGUAGAGCCAGCACAGAAGAAGCUGAAGCAGCAAGAGGAUGAAAAGGUUUCAGCUGAGCAAGAGAUGCUUGACGAUUUUGAGGACAGCGACAACGAUGACAACGCUGAGUCUGCUGCUGAUGGUGACAAGGCAGAAACGAACAAGAUGCCAUGGAUGCGGUCAGAUGAGAUUGACUUUGGCUCCUUUUAA